GAUCCUCCUCUGCUCCCUCCUGCGUUGGGUAAUAGGAGGAAUGAAUAAGGCGCCUCCAGACGCGCACACAGCUUCUAGUAAUGCAGCAGCUCAGGCAGUUUGCACCGGUGGCUGUGCUGCUCUGCGCCGAGCUGUGCGCAAUAUGCGCCUCCUUCCAGAUCACAGUUCUGCACACUAAUGAUGUCCAUGCUCGCGUAGAGCAAACCAACAGGGACUCUGGCAAGUGCGGCAAUCUUCCUCAGGACUGCUAUGGAGGGGUGUCGAGGAGACUCACCAAAAUCAAGGAGAUCCGUGCCAGCCAUAGCAAUGUACUGUUGCUGGACGGGGGAGACCAGUUCCAGGGAACUAUGUGGUUCAAUGUUUUCAAAGGCGAAGAGGCGGCGUACUUCAUGAACUACUUACAGUACGAUGCGAUGGCACUGGGAAAUCAUGAAUUUGACAAUGGAGUUUCUGGACUCGUAAGCCCUUUCCUCAUGAAUGUAAAAUUUCCUAUUCUGAGUGCAAACAUUAAACCGGAUGAACAUAUUGCAUCUAAUAUUUCUGGCUAUUUUCAACCUUAUAAAAUCUUGACGGUUAGUGGUGAACAAAUUGCAGUAGUUGGAUACACCUCUAAAGAGACACCAGUAUUGUCAGAUUCAGGCCCAAAUUUAAGAUUUGAAGAUGAGAUCUCUGUUUUGCAAGAUGAAGUUUCUAAAGUUUUAACUCUUGGCGUAAACAAAGUGAUCGCGCUGGGACACUCAGGCUUUGAAACCGAUAAACUGAUUGCUCAGAAAGUGAAAGGAGUGGAUGUAGUAGUGGGGGGACAUACAAAUACUUUUCUUUACACAGGCACACCGCCUUCCAAUGAUGUCCCAGUUGGUGAAUAUCCUUUUAUUGUAAAAUCUGACGAUGGACGCUCUGUGCCAGUUGUUCAAGCAUAUGCAUUUGGAAAAUAUCUUGGCUACUUAAAUAUUACUUUUGAUGCACAAGGAAAUGUUUUACAUUCUUCUGGAAAUCCAAUUUUGCUGGAAAGCAGCAUUCCAGAAGAUCCAGGACUUUUAGCUGAAGUAAACAAAUGGAAGCAGCAACUACUUAGCUUCUCUGCUCAAGAAAUUGGAAAAACUUUAGUAUUUUUAAAUGGCUCUUCUCUGGAAUGUCGAUUUCGGGAGUGCAACUUGGGAAACCUUAUAUGUGAUGCUAUGAUUUCUAACAAUAUUCGAAAUCCUGAUGAAGUUGUUUGGAACCAUGUUUCCCUUUGUAUCAUUAAUGGUGGCGGAAUAAGAGCAUCAAUUGAUGAGAGAUCCAGUAAUGGAAGCAUAACUACUGAGGACCUGAUAUCAGUGCUCCCCUUUGGUGGUACAUUUGAUCUGAUUGAAGUCAAUGGAUCCACCCUAAAAAAGGCAUUUGAGCACAGUGUACAUCGUUAUGGGGCUAGUACCGGAGAGUUUUUGCAAGUUGGUGGGAUAAAAGUUGUGUACAAUACAGAUAAAGACCCUGGACAAAGAGUUGUCAGAUUAGAAGUUAUUUGCACCAAAUGCCGUGUGCCAAAAUAUGUUCCGGUGCAAAUGGACGAAGUAUACAAAGUUGUUCUUCCUGACUACAUUGCUAAAGGGGGGGAUGGUUUCAGUAUGUUAAAAAAUGAACGUUUGAGACAUGAUAGCGGUGAUUUGGAUGUGGCAGUUGUUGGAAAUUACAUAAAUAAAAUGCUAAGAGUCUACCCUGCUCUGGAAGGGAGGAUACAGUUUUCCAAAGAGGAAUCUAGCAGCUCAUCGUCCACUUUCAUCUAUAUGAACACUCCCAUGAUCUUGAUUACAUCUCUUAUUAUGUCCGUACCGUCACUAUUCUGCUAAUUGAUCUCAAUGACCUAAGACAUGUUAGUUUUAACUUUAUAAGAAUUCAAUAGUCACAACUACUGUCUACUUACUUUUCAUGCAUGACUUACAGUUCCCAAAAGACAAGUCACUCUUUCAAGACCUUUAGUGUCAUUUUGCUAUAUAAUAUAUAUAUAUAUAUAUAUAUAUAUAUACAUAUAUAUAUAUAUAUAUAUAUAUAUAUAUAUAAAAUGCAUUUUUUAUUAUAUAUAUAUUUACAACUUUUUGGAAAGUAUAAAUGUCAAUAAUCUUCCAACAUAAACUAUUUAAGUGAGACAUUGAACACUUUGCUACAUUUUGACAUCUUUCAAGAUUUUCACCAUGUAUUCAUCAAUCAAGAACAUAGAGUUUAGGCAAACUGGCAAUUAUGGGAACCCAUAUGGUGUAGAUUUACAGUUUAUCUAUCUCUAUUACAAGGAAACACAUUUGCCCCUACACUAUUGUAUUGUAUUGUAUUGAAGCCUGUUUAAUUCACUGUUUAUAAGUGCACAUUUUAAAAAUAUACUUUUGUUUAGAUUUUUUAGUUAUUAAAACAUUCUUUUUUUUCCACUGCCAUUUGACACACUAUAACUUUAUUUUUGUUGACAUGUUUAUUGUUUUCAAUCACACUAGUAUAGUACCCUCAUCAUACUGUAUCGUAUCACAAUUUAAGGAUUUCCAUGUGUAAUAAUGUGGAUUAAUUCAAGUCAAUCAGAUUACUUUACCUGUACGUAAUGAAGGAAGCCUGUUGGGGGCAAAAUGCAAUACUACUUUAGAGGUUCUCAUAGUAUACCAAGCGCAAAAGGGAUCAGGUACUGAAAUUGCCAGUAAGAUAUCAGUGGGGCUUAACUUUAUAUUUUUGAAUAGGAUAUAUAUACAUUUCUCUAACAUGAUGCACAUUGUUAAUUAUCCGUUGUGUCAAACUUAAAAGACACACGAUAAAUUUCAGUGAUGAAAACUGGGAUGACUGCGUUAAGUUUAAAGGGUAGGGGACACUUGCUGAAUUAAGUUUUGUAUUUUUAUUUUCAUUGGUUAACACCGUAUUUCUCAAAUUACUUUGAAUCACGGCGCCCUAGAGUAUCAGAAUUAUUUUCACAGCACCCCUAAACCAAUUGUUUCUUUUUGAGAAAUUCAGAAAUAAAUAUUAAAUGAAGUACAUUGUGUUUAUAUGUCAUCCUUAGGUUCAGUUAUAUGGUGAGGGACAGGAUUCACUUCUGUUUGUCCACAUGUUUUAUGAUUGGAAGCCACAAGCACUGGUUUUGCCUAGAACAAUGAUCAUUUAAAUUGGUCCUAGACCACCAACCCAGGGCACUCAGUCUGGGAACUACUGGAUUAACAAAUAUCUUUACUUCUUCCUUAGUUUUAUUACAUGUUCUUCUACACCCAUAGGCAUAACUAUAGUGGAUGCAGGGGUGGCAUUAAUAUGGGACCCAAAGAUUUAGGGGGCCCUGGACUCAGCUCAUAUAGUAGUCUACCAAGUUCUUCAUAUUGCCUUCUAAGAAAUUGGGUCAAGCCAAUUGCCUGGGCCUGAAAAGGGGAACUUGUCAGUGGCAAUCUCUUUCACUUCCUCUCAGUAAAGCUUCACACUGAUGUGAGCCAUCUCCCAAAGACACAGCUGACCAGUGAGCCCAGCACUAUUGGAAAGUAGGCUUCUCCUUGUUUACAGUCUUUGUGCAGCUGAGGUGUGGGGGGAUGGGCUAUGGUGGGGGCAUUGAGCUUCAACAUUAGGACUGUCCCAUAAAGGGCAGUGUGUCUGAAUUAAGGAAUUAAGAUCUCGAUUCAAAAUGGAAUGUGCUGCAUUAGGAAGUAUUUUCCUCAUGUAGGAGCUGGUUGCUUCCCAUUCUCUGUGUGGCAUUAUAUGAACUGGUGGCACUGUGUGGUAUAAUGUGAACUAGGGCACUUCUAUGAGGCAUAACAUGUAGGGCACUUCUAUUGCGCAUAAAAUGAACUAGGUUAUUAGUAGGGGGCAUAAAAUAAGCUAGAGCCCUACUGUGGGGCACUAUUACUGUAUAUUGCAUAAAAAUACCCAUGGCAAUAUUAUGGGGAAUAAAAUGACCAACCACUGUGGAGAGUGGUCUCUCUAGAAACAAUGGGGAAGGGCCCCUUCAAAAUGUUGCUAUGGGGCCCACAAAGUUCUGGUAACGCCCCUGUCUACACCCUUUGUGUUCGCAUUGUCCUGGCAUUUCCUAUGGAAAAUGCAACAAAAAUGCAAUAUAAAUAUAUAGUUCCCGCAGUAUAAUCAUAUUAGAAAUAUUCCCAGGUUAUAGAAUACACAGAUUUAUUUUUUUAAUUAGUACAUUUGUUUAGUAUUUUGUACCAUUAAUGUUUAGAAGAUAGUAAUCAUACAAAGGAAGCGAAUGAAGUUAAGUAUUUUUGAAGCUGUCAAUGUCUGACUUUACUACAGUGCUUUUGAUAAUUUCUUUCUGUUCUUCCACAUUCUGUAUAUACCUCAUGUAUAUGUACCAAAGAACCACGUACUGGAAUAAAGCUGUGUAUCUGUACAUUUUA